UGUUUGAUUGAAAUUAGAUAAGCAUUGUGAAGUGUUGAACACAUGUGACAUUUUUUUUUUGUGUAUUUGUAUGUUGGAAAAAUCAAAAUAAAUAGUUACCCAAACUCAAAUACUCAAAAAUAAACCUGUGAAUUAGUAAUUCAGUUUGUGUGUGAGAAAAUUAUGGAAACAGAUUUUUUGAAUUUUCAUGAUGGAGAACAUUUUUCUGUGUUAGAUUCACCUGAUUUCCAGGAGAGAAGUAAUAGCUUGUUAGAUGAUUAUUGUAGUCAUUUUUCAUUUUCCCGUCACAGUUCUGAUGAUUUUAUAGAAUCAACUAGUUCGUUUUGGGAGCAGGAUGAAGAACAAGAAUUGAAUGGAGAUAUUGCUGUGAUACCUGUGUCGGGACAAAUCAAUAGAGAAAUUCCACAUUUAUCCAGUUCACCAGAUUGCAAAGAUGAUUUUAUUAUCGAUUGGCAUCAUUUCGUAGCUAUUGAGAAUAACACCGAUAAAGAUGAUUCAAUAUCUCAUCAACACUACGAAAAAUCACCAACAACUGAUAAACAAUUAGGAAAAAUCAAUGCUGAAACUGCCCAACAAAAUCAAAUAGAAAAUAAUUUAAGUGAUAAUUGUAAAAAUUUAUCAAAUCCAAAUAAUUUAAAUUAUGAUCAAGUAAUACGUAAUAAUAUCAAACAAGAAUACCAUAAUGAGAAUAGAAUAUCACCAAAAAAAUCAUUAUCCGAUAAAGAAACCGAUACAUUAUUUAAAGAUAUCGAUACAGAAAAAAUCGGACCGCUAGGAAUUCAUACAGAGAUAUUUAUCAAAUCAGAAAAUAUCGAUGAUUUAAAUUUAGAUAGUGCCAAUGAUAUUUUAUUUGAUAAGGAUUUCUUAAAUUGUAAAAAAACGAAUUUAGUUUACGAUAGUGAUUCGAUACGUAACAUUAAAGAGGAUUUUCAUAGUGAAAAACAAAAGUUAUCAAACGAAUUAUUUAUUAAAUCUGAAAUAUUGCCCGAUUUAAAUUUAGAUAGUGCUGCCAAUGAGCUUUUAUUGAAUUCAUCAUUCGAUAAGCUUGAUUUAAUUACGGCCGUUGCAAAAGAUGAUAUUGAAUUAGAUUUAAGUAUCGAUAGUGAUAAAUUAGAAGAUUUACAUCAACCCGAUUUCGAUAAGGAUGAUUUUGAUUUAACUACAUACCUAAACGAUGAUGAUAGUGAACCAAUAGCACCAAUCAUCACUCCUAGUGAAAAUAUAAUACCAAAAUCAGAACCAAUCCCUAUCAAAAACGUAACACCACCAAAAGUAGAUUUAGUGGACACCGACGAUGACUGUAUUGAUGUGGAAACCGUUUCACCAUCGGGUUGUCGGCCGGUACUCGAAGCAAAAGAUGUUACAUCAUUAUUGGAACAAUUUGAAGCUAACGAGGCGGUUAAUGUAUCAAUUCAUGACGAUAAUAUAUCAAAUAAAAAUGUUAAAAAGUUACCAGAAGUACGUAAAUCAACGAUUUCAUAUUCGAAACGUAAAGUACUCUCAAUGGAAGAUAUUGAUGAGAAAAAGAAUAAAGUUGUAGAUCGUAUCAAAGCGAAUGUUAAACGAAAAUCUGUACCUGUUAUUGAGCCAAUACCAAAUGUUAAAAAUAAUAAUAAAAUUAUUGAUCAUGAUAAGAAAAUUAUGCAGAAAAAAGUGAAAUCAACAAAGGUGGUGAAUCAAACUGAAAAAGAAUCCUAUCACUUAGAUCACGAUUAUUGUUCAAUCGGUGGUCCCAAACAAAAUCAAAAAGAAGGAAUUGAUUAUUACAAAGUGUUACGACGUCAGGAUAUUAAUUGUGGACAAGGAAUUGGAAAUAAAGGUAUACGAUGUAUUGAAACUACAACAAACAAUCCCAAAAUUGAAGACACUGCAAUUAGAAUAGCAGAGAAAACAAAGCCCCAAAUAAUCCCUGGUAAAAAAAUCCAAAUAGCUGCAACCACGCCAACAACACCUCAACAAAAAAACAAUUCAUUAUUAAAAUCAACAGAUAACAUUAGAAUGCAAAAUUCACCAAAAUCAGUUUUACUUAAAAAUAAUGCAAAUAGUUUACUCAAAACCUCAAAUUAUAAAAACGUUGAUGGAAAAUUAAUGGUCUCUGUUUUAAAAACAAAUCAAAAAAUGAAAAAUACAUUAAAUCCAACAAAAAUGGCUGUCAUCGAAACAAAAACCCCGCAUGAUCAAUGUAUACAAAAUAUAAUUGUGGAUAGUGAUAAUUUACGUCCAAAAAAACGUAAACUCAAUUUGGAAGAAUACAAAAAGCGUCGUGAAAUUAAUAAAACACGCAGUUGUGAUAAUUCACGAACAAAUUCCCCCGUAAAUAUUACAAGUGGAAGUUCUUCACCGUUAGUGAAUCAUGGAUCAUUUAGUUUACCGGUAACAGCCGUAGGUUCACCUGCCCAACCAAGUACACCAUCCGAGAAAGAAGUGAAAAAGUUAACUCACGAAGAAAUGCUCUUAAAAAUGGCGGCAGAUCUUUUAACUACUACACCAAUGAAAACCACCGAACAGAAGGCAUAUACAAUUGAACCAUUUACUCCACCAGGGGCUGAAGUAUCACCAAGUGUACCACAACAACCAAUGGAAACAAUACCAGCAGUAGUUCUCCCUAAACCAUGCGACGAUAAUAUUGAAAUGAUAACGAUUGUUAGUAUUGGUGUAAACACAGAUAUAUCGUUAAUAAACGAGUUAAAACCACAACCCGCGCCUAAAAUUCAAUUUCAAAUUAAAAAGAAACCAGAAAUCAGUCGAAUAAAUAAGUUAUCCCCACCAAAAACUACAGUCUCAAAGCAAUUAGUGGAACAAUUAAAUUUGGAUGCGGAUGAAAAAUUAACAGAAAUUAUUACACCAAUUUUACAAAAUGCGAAUAGUUCGAAAAUUAAUAGUAAUUCAUUGAUUUCGAAUAUAACUGCGACGAUUUUACAAAAGAAACGUAGUUCUAUAAAUAGUUCCUCACCUAGAAGUUCUGAUCAAGAUCGAAAAUCGUUAACUGCAGCCACAAGUGAUGCGAAUGAAAAUCAAAAUGAAGUAUUUGAACAUGGUGAAGAUAAAACGGUGAUUAUUUUAGAUAAAAAUCGUGUCAAACCAAAAACCGCGUCUAUUGAAAUACAAACAGAACAUUAUGAAAUUAAAGACGAUUUAAAGAAUGAUAAUCGUAAUAAGAAAUCAUUACCAAGUGAUGAUAAAGUUGAAGUGAAUAAAGUUAAAGUGAAAAGACAAUAUCGUGUGCGUCGUGAUAGUUAUAGUUCAGAAAGUUCGGUAGAUACAACUUCGUCAAAGAAAUCGAAAAGUCGUAAAAGUUAUAAACCGUCUUCAAGCGGUACAUCAAGAUCUUUGUCAACAUCAAUUAGUUCAAUAGAUUCAUCAAAUUGUUCUAGAUCGUCACGAUCACGGUCAAAAUCACGAUCUCGAUCUCGUUCACGCUCUUAUUCACGUUCGCUUUCACGAUCUAGUUAUUCUAGUUCUUCAUCGAGGUCUUCGCGGUCACGUUCGCGCUCUCGAUCUCGAAGUCAUCAUCGUUAUGAUUCAGCAUCAUCACGAAGUUCACGUGAUAAAUACUCACGAUCACGUAGAAGGUCUCGUUCAAAUCAUAGUUAUAGAAGCUAUAAUCGAUCUAGGUCUCCCCUAAAACGUUCAAACGAUCGUAAAAGUCGUUCAAGUUGGGAGCAAAUGGAUCCCGAAAAACUACGACAAGUUGAAGAAAGGCGCGUAAUAUAUGUGGGUCGAUUGUUGCCCGGUACAACAAAAAAUGAUUUAAAACGAAGAUUUAGUAAAUUUGGUCCGAUUAUAGAAACAAGUGUUCAUUUUCGAGAUAAAGGGGAUAAUUAUGGAUUCGUAACGUUCCAAUAUAAGAGUGAUGCUUAUGAAGCAAUAGAACGUGGUAACGAAGAUCCAAAUCUUCCACAGUAUGAUAUAAGUUUUGGUGGUCGGAGAGUUUUUUGCCAAACGCGAUAUGCAGAUUUGGACAAUACUGAAGCGAUUGAAAUGAACUGCUAUAAUCGAAACAUCCAGGAAGAUUCAUUUGACAUACUAUUAAAAGAAGCACAAGCAAAAUUACGUAAACGUAAAGUUUGACACUGGUAUUUAAUAUUAGUUUGUAGUAUUUUACAAGCUAAUUUAACUAAAUUGUUUAGUAAAAAUUAUUAUUUUGUAAUAGUUU